UUUAUUACAGCUAGAAUAUAGUGGAAUAAAUAAAUUGAUUUAAAUUAUUGUUUUAAAAUUUAUUUUUUAAUGGAAAAUUAGUUUUCUGCGAUUGCUCCAAAUUGUACGAAAGCACCAAAACACCAAUCACACGCUUCACUGGGGAAUAAAAAAAAAGCCAAGGCUCUAAAAAAAAAAGCUUAUUAAGAAAUAACGGCAUACUAAAUCGGCUCAUUAAGAGUAAAGGCUAUUAGCUUAUUAUUGUGUUUAAUUUUAGCUUGUUUUAACUACUUCUGAAAAAAAAGAACUAAUUAAAACAAAUACUACAUGUCUUAAAAUAACGCAAUUUCAAUGAAUACAUCAUAAAACUUAUUAAUGCAAUAUCUAAAGAAACAUAAAAUCCCAGCCUCUAUCUCUCUACUGCUUAUCAAUAUCUUUAAAUUGAUAGAGAUGAUAUGCCAUCUCUUAUUUAACUAUGUAACAAUAAAUACAACCGUUCAAUGCUGAUUUUGGAUAAAUACUGAUAUGAUCACCAUCAUUUGUUUCCUUUUGUCCUGAUAAGUGUAUUAUAAAAGUGGACCAUCAGAUUAAAGCUUUGUUUAAAAAUAGAUCAUAGCUACUGCCAGUCCAAAUCUCCGUUUUACUCUUUUUAUAUGCAAUAACGGUUCUUUUUGCCGUUGUUCCAAAGAAAAAGUACUUCUUUUAAACAAUGAAAAAAAAUUUAUAAUUAGGUGUGUUGUUGGUGAUGGUAUUAGAAAAAGCGCCAUUCACCACUUGUAAAACACAAACAUGAGUUUAGGAAAAAGAGAUUGGAACAAUUAGAGGUUGUUUGAAGCUUGAUUGAAAGUAUGCCGAUCCAACUACACCUUUUUUUAAUAGCAGCAGGUUAUUUUUAUUAAGUGAUGAUAUACCUGGCUAUUCUUAUUUAGUUGAAAUGAGCUCUAUCAUUGUUCAUUUUCUCUUGUAACCUUGUUUCUUGGCGGUUUUUUCAGUUAUGGUUUUUGUUUGGUGGUUUGCAUGAGAUAAUUUUUGUUGAUUGUUUGAGUUGAAGUUCUCUUAUGAUGGCAUUUAUAGUUUGAUGGUUUAAUAACCUUCGGCAUUGAUUUCUAGAUUCUUUGCGAAUAUUCAGUGAGUGUGGUUUGCUUUUUGAAUAAGAACUUAAUUUUGUACACAUGGGUUUUUCAAAAUUGGCAGUACUUUGAGUAAUGUCUGGGCUUUCACUUCACUUUCACGGUAUUUUAAGUUAUGGCAAGAUUAGCAGCAUAUUACCAGGAAGAUUUCCAGUACCGUCCUGAGAAUUACGUACCGAAGCAUCGAAAAUCUUCUUACGUCUACUACGAAGAGCCACUAAACAACGCAUUCAAUAACUUUGCCCUCAACGGUGAAAGACGCCGAAACUUAGCACUUUCAGAACCUUCCCUAUCACCAUUAUCGCACGCGUGCAAGCCAGACAGAAUGACUCUGAAGAACAAGCCCAUUGUAUACGGCAGCCAACUGAUUGAAAACUCCCAUCCGCCAAUGCAAUACUUCGAUAACGAUCACAACAUGCAUUAUUCUAAUAACCGAUUGACAAAACUACAAACGGAUGCUUAUGACAAUGAGCCUUACUAUCAUGAUGACAGGCAACUUUACGGCGACAGAUCGAGGCAUUGGCCCACGUCCAAAGAUAAACUGAGCAAGAGGUUUUCGUACGUUGAGCCACGUAAUAAUAAUCACGAUGUCUACCUUUCUCAACACUAUGAUAGAUCUUCUCAGAGACCGAUGGUGUCGAAUUUUGAUGUUUACAAUAAUAGAUAUCAUCAUCCAGAAGAAAUUUAUUAUGAUUCGCCCCAAAACAGCCUAAGUCCUUGUUCUCCUGUUUAUUACCAUAACGGCACCAAUAAUGAACACUGGCAACAGUGGCCUUUUGUUCCAGAGGAAGUGUUUACAAACCAAAGGCUACUUUCACCUCCUUCUCCUCUGGAUUCUGGUCUGAGCUCGCAAUCUAUAACUUCAAGUCCUAGUUUAGAAGCAGAUUCGUUCCCCAGUCGUUCUGAUUCUGUUGCUGUUGGCGAGCGUCUCUGCUCUUGCCCGAGUGUUCAUUACCCUGAUAUAAAUUGUCAAAGACCCAAUCUCAGCCGGCAUGAUUCGGGACGAAGUUCUGGUGUGUAUCCUGCCUAUAUACAUCAAGGAGAGUCUUUACGGGUAAAAAAUGGUGCAAGGCACAUAUCACAUUCUAGAGACGAUACCGAUAUCAAUGGAUAUCAGUCUAGUCAAGUCCGAUACGGUAAACUUGGACUUAUAGGAGAGCAUAUAAAUAAUGGAUCUGCCAGCAACAAACCAAAAAAGAAUCACCAGAGCUUAUGUCGGGCUGAAAGCCGGCGCAAUGAAAUUUCUUACAAACCCUAUAAUUCGUGUAAUGUAUCUGAUAAUGGUGGCUCGCCAAUCAGAAGGACUCCGUCAAGAGCCUCAGAAUCUCUAAAGAAAAAUCCAAAGUUCGAAAGACCAUUUGUUGUUAUUACUGAAGCGUCUGAAAAGAGCACAGACAGUGACGGACUGAUGUCUCCUGAAGGAGACAAUUCUGAAAAAAGCGACGACAUGGAAUCAUCAUCAUCGACUAGUGCCACUGUUUCCGACUCAUCAUCAAAAUCUUCCGUUGCAUCGAGCAGCAACGAUUUAAACUGCAACCGUAAAUCCAAACGAACAACAGAGAAAGAAAUUCGCGAACUUGAAGACAUGUAUGAGAAGUGUAAUUUAAGUGACGUUGAUCUUCUAGAUCGAGCUGAACGCAGAGAUUUACCUACUGCGCACCAAAAGGCAUUUCACCAAACAAAUCGAAAACUUAAAAGAAGUAAAAGUGACACUAUUUACGAAACUUUGAGUCCAAUGUUUCACAAUCCUUAUGAAACGCAUCAACGUGCUCCUCCAUUUCGCAGAUCUGGAUUACCUGACAGAUUAGCCGAUGAUAUGGCUUUGAGAAAACUUAAGAAAUGUGCAACAACAUCGUCAUCAAACGCGACAAAGAACAGCAUAACUUAUAUGCUAUGCUCUUCCCAUUUUACUCCAACAGUUCCUUCUGGAAAAGAUAUUCUUUUUAUGGAUUGUCCAGACGUGGAAUAUGAUGAUUUAUCAUAUAGAAAACAUUAUUUUGGGAAGAAAAGUAAAAUACCCGAUCCACAGCCACCUUUUGGGAUACCUUUGAGGCCUCCUCCACCACAGAAAGUGUUUACUGACUACUUGCACGCAAUUCCAUCGAAUUGCCCACAACCAUUAUGCCAUCCAAGGGGAAAUCCAGAUGUCGUUCGAGAUGAUGUAGCAUUUAGAGCUUUGCGAAAAGAUGAACCAGAGAGAUUAUAUUAUGAUAUAUCUCAACUUUAUAGAGUUAAAAGACGCUAAAAGUUAACUGGUUAUUGUUUGCUGAAUAGUCCUAAGUGCAAUAUGUAGAGUUAAGUUCUCGAAAUGUACCGAGUCUUAUCUGUGUAUAUGUUGUGAAUCUCUGUUUAUUUUUUAAAAGUUACUUAAAUUCUUUAUUUUUGUGAUACUUAGAAUUUUAUAUCUAGUGAGCUUUUAUAUUAUAUAGGACAUUUGGAUACUUUAAAAUACUUAAAUUAUUAUAAAACUAUUUUACAGUUUUUUUUAAUAAUUUACACUUCUCAUAUUUCAUUAUUUUAAUUAAAUGCAGAAACAAGUUUAUACGAUAAUGCAGUGGUUCCCAACUAGAGUUUCUUGGAAGGGUCGCAGGGGUUCCGAGAGUUUAAAUUUUUUACAUUAAAAAUUUUUGAAACUUGUAAUUAUAUUUAUAUCAAAACAAUGAACGGUAAUUUAUUUGAUAGUUUGACUGAUUUUUAUGAAUUUAUUUAAGCAAAAUGUCAGUAAAAAAAAAAAAAAAUUAUAAAAAAAUUUCAUCAGUAUUUUUCGUCGAACUUUUUAAUUCAAAAUAAAAUAAAUUCAAGAAUAACGAAUUAUGUUUCUCUGACAACUAUUUUCAAGGUUAAUAAAGGUUCCUUUUCGAAAACCAUAAUUCAGCUUAUUUUAUUCAUUUUUAGCCAACGUAUGCAUCAAAAACAAAUUCAGAAAUAGACUAAAUACUACACCAAGUUCGCGAAUUCAACUGUUAGACCUAAAACCUAUUUUAAGAAUUUUAUUGAUAAAACGAUUACUGAAAAAAAUUUCAUUCUUUACAUUAAAUAUUAUUAAAAUAAUUGGUAGUCAUUCUUUUGUCAAUUUUUUCACGGCUGCUUAUAAAUGUUAUUUAUAUGUUUGGGGUUCCGCCAAAAGAUGCUCGAUCAUUUAGGGUUCCGUAGAAAUUACGUAAAAAAUUGGGAACCACUGCGCUAAUGUAUAUACUAUAUGCCCAUACGAACUAUAGACUAAUAUAUGCCCACGCCCCUCGUAAUAUAUGAAGGCAACUUUUUUUUUACGUUUGGUACUUUUUUAUUUUAAGGAAAUACAAAAUGUUCUCUAAAUACAAUUUGUGUCUAUUUUUUUAUGCUGGCCAAAUUGGAAUUAAUUACGCUUUACAUUGCAAUGAACAUAACAUAGCGAACAUUCAAUUACGAAAUUGAAAAAAAAUAAUACUAUGUGUCAAUAAUACUAUGUCUUUAUGUGUCAAUAAUACUAUGUCAAUAAAAAUAAUACUAUGUUUUUAUGCAAACUACAACUUACCUUGAAAUUUAAACGAGAAUUAUUUUCCUAUUAGCAAUAAAUCUAGUUAAAUAUAAUACGAAUUAUUGAUCUGAAGUUAGAUUCCAGAGAAUUAAAACUUGCUUUGAAAUUAUAAGCCGAUUAGCAACAAUUGUUGUUCUAGCACAAAAUGAAUAAAAAAGAAUUACGGAUUACCUAGAAGUUUUAAUUCUGAGCAAAUUAAAGCUUGCCUUGAAAUUUUAAACGUAUUUGCGACAAUUGUUGCCCUAUUAGCACAAAAUCAAAACUAAUGAUUAAAAAUAAUACGAAUUAAAAAUUUAAAAGUUUUAGAUCUAUAGCACAGUUUUUUGUCGCUUCCAUAAUAACAAUUUUAUCCACUAAAAUUUUUCAGUAGCACUUUUAAAUUUAUUUAGACAAAUAAACCAAUAUGUAACCACAUUUGGUAUUGAUAGAAUUUUAUAAUAACUAGUCUGAUUUUGAUUUCAUUUUAAUUUUUCUUAAGUAUCUAUUUAAGCUCCCUAAUGCGGGCUAGUCCAAAUGACUUCUGUCUUUUUAAGGAAAAUACAUAUACUAAGUGUGGUAAUUAUAGAACACACUGUACGCAAGUAAUUUUAGCUUUUAGGUAGAUAAAAUUCUAUGAGCUAUGUUUCCUUAUGUUCUACUAUAAAAAUAAUUGUAAAAUAACUGAAGUGUAUUAAUUUUUGAUCAACCUAAGCAUGCUUAAAAUGCGAUCUGAUGAAAUUGUUAUGUUUAAUGCAGUUUACUUUAACUUUUAUACACUACAUUUCAUUACUCUUUAUAUACUACGACAUAUACGUUAAUGCUAUGAAGAACUACUUAAAUUAUCAAUAAAGUUUUAUCAUAAAUGCUGUGCCCAAAUGUAUAGUUCCAAAAAUCUUCGUUGUAUGUAAAAAAAUGAUGUAAAUUUUUGUAAUAUUUGUAAGCAAUAUCUCGCUAGUUAUUGGAUAGAUUUUAUCCACAAAGCAACCACUCAUUUUGUAUAAUAUAAUAAAAUGUUUUAAUUCUU